AAAUAUAUCGCUGUUUCUCUAUACUGUGCAACCUUGCUUGUCCCCGCGUUUAUUCUCGUGCCCAACAUGACGCGGAGGGUGGUUCGCACGGCCAUCCAACUUGGAGUGCUGUGCAUGAUCACAGUGCUUCUGCUCAUCUUCGUUGACAACCGAUACCGUGUCCUUCCCUCGUCGAUCCACAACCACCUCCCCGCUCACCACCCCGGUCUCGUCAUAGUCGAUGUGACUGUAAAGACUUGCAAUUCUAUCAAUCCUAUUUCCAGCUGCCGACUCGACCCCGACAAAUGGCAUCGCAUCGAAAAGGACCUCUACCUGAACAAGAGCUGGCUAUCCAGAGCCUAUGUGCACGUGCAGAGAAAGAAGGAGGAAGAGCUGGAUGAUGACGACCGUGUCGUGCUCGAUAUGAAGAUUGGGCGCCUGGACCCUGCAAAUGGCGAAAAAGGCGAAGGCAACGAGCGAUGGGAAGCAAGACCAGCUGGAAUCUGGCUGAAGCGAUCUACCAAACCCCACAUGGGCGACUCGCAAAAAGCCGUCACAGCUGUCGAUGUGCUUUUCGGUGCCGAUGCUGUCGAGCCGCGGCCUGGAUGGGAAAUCAAGGAUCAUCCUCUCUUGCUUGAUACUUCGGCCGAGAUACAAGAAUCUCGGAUCAGCAUUCGUCGCGGUAACCCGAGCGACGUCCCCAAGCCGAUUCCACGCAUUAACAAGGAUGGCAAAUUCAAGAUCAUGCAGGCGGCAGAUUUACAUCUAGCUACUGGCAUUGGACUCUGCCGUGAUCCUGAGCCAGCUGGAUGGAAUGGCGGCAAAUGCGACGCCGAUACGCGGACACUGGACUUUAUUGGAAAAGUCUUGGACGACGAGAAGCCAGACCUGGUUGUUCUCUCGGGCGAUCAGGUCAAUGGCGAUACUGCGCCUGAUGCACAAAGUGCUGUUUUCAAGUUCGCUGAACUCUUCAUAAAGCGCAAGAUCCCAUAUGCUGCCAUCUUUGGCAAUCAUGAUGACGAAGGCUCUUUGAAUCGCGCCGCAUUAAUGUCUCUGAUUGAGUCCCUCCCCUACUCGCUUUCCGAGCCUGGUCCGGCAACCGUGGACGGGGUGGGAAAUUACUAUGUCGAAAUUCUUGCCCGCGGGACGUCGCAGCAUUCUGCUCUAACUCUCUACCUCCUUGAUACCCAUGGUUAUUCCCCUGACGAAAAGAACUUCAGAGGAUACGACUGGUUGAAGAAGAAUCAGAUUGACUGGUUCAAGGAAACCGCCCAAGGCUUAAAGCAUGCUCACAAGCAAUACACGCAUGUGCAUAUGGAUCUUGCAUUCAUCCAUAUUCCACUUCCCGAAUACAGAAACACCAACAACUACAUUGUCGGCAGCUUCAAGGAGCCGCCAACAGCUCCAGGCUUCAAUUCAGGCUUCAAAGACGCACUGGUCGAGGAAGGUGUCCUCCUUGUCAGCUGUGGACAUGACCACGUCAACGACUACUGCUCCCUUGACAAGUCUCCAGAAGGCGCUCCCCAAUUGUGGAUGUGCUACGGCGGCGGUGCAGGUUUCGGCGGUUACGGCGGCUACGACGGAUACCACCGACGGGUGCGGUUCUUCGAAAUCGACAUGAAUGAAGCGCGCGUCACCACAUAUAAGCGUCUCGAGUACGGCGAUACCGAGAAACGUCUCGACGAACAAAUUAUUGUGGACGCAGGCAAGGUCGUCGGUGGGCCAUGACUGCGAGCAUCAUAGAUGUCUUCCCCCUGUCCUUUUUCACUGUGUUAUUCAUACUUAAACUUUUCUCCCUCUUUUCUUCUUUUUUUCUAUUUUUUUUUUUUGUUUCCCGACUCUUCCCCAUUCUUUUCUUUUUAAUUUGAAUUCUUUCUUCUCAUGUUCACUGUCACAUUUGCUUCUAUUCUUGUUGCUCGUCAUGAGACGAGGUACCCUGAAACCCGAAAUCACUCGUGGGGUCAAGCACACCGGAUUUUAAAAAACCAAUGGCGAAGGAAGGCGUUUAUGUGCUGGUUUCAUUUUUCUUUUUGGUAGGGUGAUUGUGGCUGCAUUUAAUGGACGCUUUUAUUUAUUUGAUCCUUGAUGAGAUAUAUCAAUCCAACACUAUUUGCUGCUUCGUGUC